AUGGAUGCUCAACCAGUACCACAAGCACCACCUUUGCCUCCUGUCCCUCCUUUUCCAGCGUUUCCGGAAAGUGGUCAACGCGUGGAGCAGUUUCUGGAUGGAUAUGAGAGGACAAAGGGGUCGGACCAAAAAGGGAAGCUGGGUGAUCGUCAGUGGAAGCCAAAUGAAGUAGAUCAAAAGAGUCUCAAGGGGAUCAGUUCACAUGAACUUUCACCAAGUGAAGCUAGGGAAGUAUGGCUAGAGCGAGAAGUGCAAUCGUUGCGGUCGGUUUUGGAUCGCAUGGCAGAUCAAACAUCGUUCAAGUCAUCUCCAUACUGGUCUCAGGGAUUUCAGUCAGGGGCUCCAAAUCAAGUCUCUGUCAUGCGGGCGUCGGGAGAUCGUGAUGACAUUCGGGCUCAGCAUUCUUUGAGCAGUGCUUUUGAAGUUCCACAUGACGAUCGGGCUCAGCAUUCUUCCAGCGGUGUUGCAGAUCUACUCCAUGCAGCUCGGGUCUUGAAUGGUGCGAGCAGUGCUCCGGCUCUACCACUGCAGCGGAGACUGGCAGCGGUGCUUUUAACGUACCGCAUGACGGUCGGGCUUUGCAUGGAUCUGGCAGCGGUGCUUUUAACGUACCGCAUGACGGUCGGGCUUUACAUGGAUCUGACAGCAGUGCUUAUCAAGUACCACAUGACGGUCGGGCUUCGCAGGCAUUUGGCAGUGCUUCCAGAGUAUGUCCUGGUGAUCGGGCUCCGAGCAUGGGAAAGUUUCAACAUGAUGGGGAUCAUCUUUGGCAUCCUCCACAAGAAAGGUUCUACGGGUGGUAGCGCCAGUGAUGUUCUCCUUCAAGAAGCUACGCAAUGGCUGAAGUCGUUGAGGCUUCCCCAGGUCAAAGUCAUGCGGGUCUCGCAGCUCAGUCAUGAAGAAAGCCAAAAUUCCUGUGCUCUUCAAGAUCCAGCAGGUGAACACGUUGAAGUCCAUGUGCAUCAGGGUUGUCCAAUGGUUUGCAAAAGGGAUGGUGAAGUUUUGAUGUCGAAGCUGGAAGCCUUUCACAUGAGAAUGGUGCAGCGGUGGGUGGUGCUGAACAUGAUCCGCCAAGAUCCAAGGCUGCUCACCAACCAAUUGGAUGUAGAGAUGGCGUUGAAUGUCAAAAUGAUGGACUUGUGGCCUUCACUGCCUCAGGACAUUGCAAUGGUUGCUGUGGAUGCUUCUUUUGUCAUCAAUUUGUACAACAAGUUGCGUCGUUGUCCAAAGAAGAUCCGUAACCCACAUGGGGACCUACGGGGCCAACUCGUCACGCUGCUGGACAAGCAGGAACAAGCUUUGGUGACGAAGGACGCCCUGCUGUUUCUGCGCAUGCUGUUUGUCUAUGCCAUCUGUGAGGAUGUCAGAAGUUCAGAAGCGUUGCAAACAGGCUUGACCCUUGAGCAGCCUGAAGAUCCAGCUAGAUAUCGACAUCCUCAGGAGGUGGCUGAGAAGAAGUUCAUGAGUGUUUGGAGGUGUGAUGCCAAUUUUGAAGCUGGCAGUGAUGAUGAGCGAAGAACUAUGACUAUGAGCCAACGAUGUGCAGAUUCGAAGUCAUGGGCUGAAUGGUCUCCAGGCUUGAAAGCGGCCAUUGUGGUAGCGAUCCAGCAUCGACUUCGAAAGCAACAUCAACAACAAGUUGGUCUUUUGCCUAUGCACUUGCGACAAGAACCUGAUUCCGAGCAACUUGAGGAUCAACAUCAGAAUCUACAACUAAGGCCAUUGAAAGCAACAACAUUGGAGGCCUGGAGAUCGCACUACCUGAAUGAUCACAUGCCAGCUAGGUUCCGUGAAGACUUGGGACUUCGAAAGAAGGCAGUGGAAAAGGAAAAGGUUGGGAAUUCAUCCACAACUAUGACCUCAGGUGCUGCCAUCAAGAUCUUGACAGUGGGUAGCGUGUUGGUGGGCCAUGCUAAGGCGAUGUCCAAUGCUACUGCAACGGAGGACGUGGAUUUCACACUGGUGUGGACGGCGGGCAUAAUCCUGAUGAUCUUGGGUGCAAUCUAUGCCAUGCAGCUGGUGACCAAAGGAAUUCAAUGCUGUGUGAAAAGAUUGUGGAGGGCAUCGGGCAGCCAGUAUGACUGCAACGAUUUGCGAAGACGAGUUUUCGGAGACUUCACUGGUGAUGGCAGACCUACAACACGGCAGAGGGCGGCGACACCAUCGGCUCUGCAGGAUCUACAACAUGGCAGAGCGCAACACAAUCGGGCUCUGCAGGUUCCACAUCACAGCAAAGAUCCUCGCGAUCGGGACGUCUUCACAGUCGGGCAUUGCAGCGACUAUCUCAGUGACGAGCGCGACACCAUCGGGCUCAGCAGAUGCAUCGAGUAG